AACCCGCUUGCCAUAAUCGUCUGACAUAUUAACACUUAUGCGUGGCAUGGCCUAAUUUCCAACCACCCGCAAAACGCGCAAAGAAAACUUAGAAAAUCAAGCAUAUCGGAGUACGUGCGUGUUAAACGAGACCAAUAAAUUGUGUUUUCUGCUCAUACGAUUUACUGUGGUCGGCUACCUUGCAAAGCACGAGCGGUCUCUCUAAAAUGGAGGAAGUUACGCCUUUGUUAGGACAAGGAAACAAAUGGCGUGAGGGUUAAAAAGCAAAUGCUCACUGUUGUGUCUUCCAUGCGCCCAACACGCACCGCGUCAACUGUACUGUAUGCACGACGCGUUUGGGACAAAGUUAAACUUGCGUUUGCUUGCACAUUGUCCACAUGGAUUUGCGUAAGUGAGAGAUGUACCUGGGAAACAGUGAAUCGGGUUAAGUGGAUGUAUACUGGGGGGUUGGGUGUGCUGUGCCGAUUGGUCGCUCUCACCAGCACGCACACACACACACACACACACACACACAGUCAGGGCUUGUUUUAACACAAACAAUGUGGGCAAAAAAUCAUGUAUUUCAAUAGAAUUCGUGGCCGCUGAAAAACGUGCUUAAGAUGCAUUGACGUGGUGCUUCGGGGAAAAGUGACAGUCGAUCAGUUUCAUUCUCGUUUAUUUAUUAAUCUCCAUUUUUGAUGUUGGAGAGAGAAAUGAGUGCAAAUGGGCCUACUGGUACAAAUGCUGCUGGGAUUUUGCAGAUCAGCUUUCACAAAUUGACAAAAAGUAACGCUACAUGCUCGAAUUUGAAGGGCUUUCCGGUGGUUUUGUCGUGACCGAGUCGUAAAUGCAGGACGGAGCCAUGACAACAUGAAUCAGUCCUACAAAGUGGCUGGCAGGGAUGGCUUGGAGUGUCAUGGCGAUCCACAGGAGACCAAGGCACUUGAUAGCCGCAUCAGCUCCUGUGGAUACCAAAGCACAAAGCGGCAGGGGGACCAGGGGUCUGCCAUUAAUUUCUUAAACUCUGGCUACAAACUCUCCACAUCGCCGUUCGCGUACAAUCCGAGAGAAUCCACCUCCAACUACAGUCCGUUGAGGAGACUUCAGGACCUGACCACUAUGGUGAACCAUGCUGACAUGAGUUUGCAGGACAAGGACUUUCACAGGCGAAAUAAAUUGCUCAUGCACAAUCCCACUGGCGGAGGUGAGUUCGGAAUAGGCCUUUAUCACACGUCCAAUUCGCAAGGAAACACUGACAGGACUACUAUUCAGGAUCUGGACAAAAAUGGUUUCUCACCAGUAAGCUCUGAUAGCUUGGAACAUUUUCCAUCCAUCCCAAAUGGAAUUUUGCAUUUCGAGUCGACCCUGUUUGAUAGUGGGGACAGCAAGGAUAAUGAGGAGGAGGAGCAUGAUAGGGUUGAUGUGGUGGCACCGUUUAAAGACACGUCAAAUAAAUGCCAGAAACGAAAUCUGGCAAACACAAAGGCUCCUAGCAGCCACAGGCUGGACCUAAGUAAAAACAAACAUGGAAGUUGUAACCUUGUUUCUAAAAAUACAGUGAAGUCUGACCCUCCUGGUAGUCCAUCACAUUUGCCUGUCGAGGUCAUGAUGGAGGAUUUUGACAGUAUGGAUGAUUAUUCAGACAGUGACUGUGAUCUUCCCAGCACUGAGAACAGUGCUUCAAUAUUCAACUCUGGUCUCUCUAAAAGACCAAAUUCACCCAGUGACUCCCAUUCAAAUCCUUCCAACAGCCCAAAGAAGAAGCAGCUCCCAGGUAUAAAGUACUCUGUAGAAGAUGUCGUGUGGGCCAAAUUCAACCGCAGACCCUGGUGGCCCUGUCAUGUAACCACUGACCCACAGAUUGAAGUCCACACCAAAAUGAAAGACCCCAGUCGUCGGCCAUGCCGUCUCUAUUUUGUCAGGAUGUUCGGGGAGAUCAUAGACCAAGCUUGGGUCCCGGCAAAAGCCAUUUUUCCUUUUGAAGGAGGUCAUCAGUUUGAAAAACUGCCUGUACUUAGACGGAGAGGAAGACAGAAGGACAAAGAUUACAAAUACACGGUUCCUAAGCGUCUAAUGCCUUCAUGGAAAGCUAGUGUCUUGGAGGCAGAGGCAGCACUGACCAAGCGGUUAAAUAGCGAACCUCCUUUGACUGUAAUUCGGGAUGUGCACAUGCCUAUUACAGAAGACAAGGCACCAAAAAGUCCUGCUUGCCCGACAUCUACUACACAGUCCACAUCAUCAAGCUCACUUUUGUCCAAUGGACUAGAUGCAUCCAUUAAAAAUAAAGGAAAACCUGGCACUGGAAGCAAAAAGAAGGCAACUAAGAAGAACAGCUCAACUGUGAAAUCUCCUGUGAAACUAACUGAAAACUCUUUAUCAUCUAAAUCAUCAUCAAACCCUUCAUCAGACAGCUACAAACCUUCCACAGCCGCUGAACGGCACAAACCAGACCCCCUAGAUAGUCCAUAUUCAGAUAUUGACUCUGUCCCGAGGAUUCUUUGCCCCAAACGUUCAGAGGAAUUGCCGCAGGAGGCGGUGGCGAAAGAAUUGAGCACUAAACCUAAGAAAGUACAGCCAAGUAAAAAGACGAAAAAAGCCAACGUGGACAAGCCGGUGAAGAAAACAGAGGCUGGUUCAAAAUGCACAACAAACAGUAAGCUAAAGAAGUCAACGCCCAAAGAAAAAACACUUAGGGCUACGAACUCCAGACAGAAGGAAAGCAGUUCCCCAGGGUCCUCAGAUGGGUCUUUUGCCAUGCACUCUCAUUAUUUUCCUGCCAGCAAUGGCUUAAUCUCAAGAGCACUUGCCGCCAGGAGAAAGACCAAGGAGAAAGAUUUAAGUCAGGAGCCAGAAUCUCGUUCACCAUGUGCUGGUGAUGAAAACUUUUUUUACAACAAGUGCUCAUCCCCCACCGACCAUUCUGAGUUGUCAAAACAUCAAUGGCAGGUAAAAACAGAGGCCAGUGAAGAGUCCACGGAUGACUCUAACUCCCACACACCCCUAAACCCAACUCUUAUUAAGUUUACCAGAAUCCGAAAUGAGAAAAAUGGCAUUCAUAAUGGACCUCGACAUAAAGGUUCCAAGUCAGAUGUGAAUGAAUCCUCCCUCAAUUCCGUUAAAAUCAAAAACGAGAGCAUGAUCUCAGACACUUCGUCUUCAUCCAUCACGUCUCCCUCGAUCUCUCCUAUGGAUGCUUUCCAGGAUAUGAAGGAGCUUUCUUUCAGGUCUCUUGUCAAAGACGAAUGCAGCUCAGGAGAAACUUCGCUCCUUGCGGAUUCAAACUACAAAUUCAGCACUUUCCUAAUGCUCCUGAAGGAUCUGCACGACAGCCGGGAGAAGGAAGGGAAACCUUUAACCCUCCCUCCCACAUCUCCAUCCUCUCUCAUCAGGGAAGAACCUUCUUCUAUCCCACCUGGAGAAGAAGCAACAAAUGAGGUGCUUUAUGAAAAGGACUGGAAGGCAAUUGCGGAUCAGAACAGUCGGCAGGGGAAGACGUCAACGCCAAAACAGGGCAAGGCCAAGCCGAAAUCAUCAAUGAAAAAGGAGAUGCAAAAACACGAUGGUGGGAACAAUUUAGUUUCUCCACUGAAAAAGCAGAACUCAUCAGUAGGUUUGGAUGCACUUGAAAAGAGUUUGCCUCUGCUAGGGGAACUUUCCAACUCUCACCAUGAUGCUGUUCCUGAUGUCUGUGGCAAGGGCACCAUCUCCAAGGUUGCUCCUAAAAAGCGGUGGCAAACAUUUGAGUCUGGCAUUGGGAAAAGCACCAAGCCAAAGAGCGAUCCGGUUGGUUUGAAUCAAGAUGUAGUGAAGGAGUCCACAGAUCUAAAUGGAGUUUUCAAAGACAGUCUUGAAGAAGCGGCUCAUUCUGACAUCCCUGAUAAAAAAGAUGCUUCAGAAAACAAAAGGCUCAGAAAACCAAGCAAGAGACUGAUUGAAUGCAGUGAAGAAUAUGAGCAAAUAUUUUCCACAAAGAAGAAAUCAAAGAAAACUCCCGAGUCCUGUAAAACGGGAUCUUGGAUCGCCAACACUAACGUUGACCAGCCAGCACCUGAGCAGAUCACACCUGAUGCUUUAAGCUCUUCACCUGAAAAACCCUCUGAGCAGGCCACACCAGAGGAGCAGAAAGAACCAGCAGAUAAUCUUGUAUCACCUUCAACACUGUUAUCGCCAUCCUGUGAAGGCCAAUCACUAAACAGAGAGUCAUGUAAGAAGAAAUCUGCACCCUCAGAUAGAAAGAGACCACGUAAGACUGUGCUUAAAAUUCUAGACUGCACCGUUGAGGGGGAUUCUGUAAAGAUCCCAAAAAAAGAGGAGAGUAAACAAGUUAUCAGCCCAGAUGAAUCAGAUGUCAAAGAUAUUCAGAAACAGGAAGAGCCUGGACCUACACCAUCAAGCCCGUGUGCUGCAUCAGCAGCAGCUCAAAGUGAGGAUGAAAUAAGAACAUCAUCCCCAAUCCAGCAGGACACAGCCAGUGUCUGCCAGAUCCAGCUUGAAGGAGAGCAGAGCAGCCCGUCAAAGCCUCAGGCAAAGGAGUCACACACAAAUGACGAGGACUCCCUGACCUCUGAGGUUUUUGGUGCAGGACUCAAUGACAGUGCUUUUUCAAGCAGAGAUUCUUUAUCAGGUGAUUUAACAGGAUUCUCGACCAAUAGAAAAUCAGGGGAGAAAGGUGGAGGUGCGUCAUUGAAGGAGAAUGUUUGCCAGGUAUGUGAGAAAACGGGUGAACUGCUCCUCUGUGAGGGGCAGUGCUGUGGUGCCUUCCAUUUGCAGUGCAUCGGCCUCACUGAGACCCCUAAAGGCCGCUUUAUCUGCCAAGAGUGUAAGAUGGGUGUGCACACAUGUUUUGUGUGUAAAACUCCUGAUAAGGAGGUCAGGAGGUGUAUGAUCCCUGUGUGUGGGAAGUUUUAUCACAUGGAAUGCAUACUGAAAUAUUCCCCCACCGUCGCUCAGAACCGCGGCUUCCGCUGCUCCCUCCAUGUCUGUCUGGCCUGCUACAUCACCAACCCCGCCAACCCUGGUAUUUCCAAAGGCCGUUUGACGCGCUGCGUCCGCUGCCCUGUGGCCUACCACGCCAAUGACUACUGUAUGGCUGCCGGCAGUGUCCCAUUGGCCAAUAACAGCUUCCUGUGCCCCAACCACUUCACUCCACGCAAAGGGUGCAAAAACCAUGAACAUAUUAACGUCAGCUGGUGUUUUGUGUGUUCUGAAGGAGGAAGUCUGCUUUGCUGUGAAUCUUGCCCUGCUGCCUUUCACCGUGAGUGUCUGAACAUUGACAUGCCCCAGGGAAGCUGGUUCUGUAACGACUGUCGAGCGGGAAAGAAACCCCACUACAAGGACAUUCUGUGGGUCAAAGUGGGCCGCUACAGGUGGUGGCCCGCUGAAGUGACUCAACCAAAAAACGUUCCUGAGAACAUCUGCCGCUUGAGGCAUGAGGUGGGGGAGUUUCCUGUGCACUUCUUUGGCUCCAAAGACUACGUGUGGACAUAUCAAGCUCGCUGUUUUCCCUACAUGGAAGGGGAUGCCAACAAUAAAGAAAAAAUGGGAAAGGGUGCAGAUGCCAUCUAUAAGAAAGCUUUAAAUGAAGCAGCCGAAAGAUUCAGGGAACUGCAGGCGGAGAAGGAGAUGAGACAGCUUCAAGAAGACAGGAAGAAUGACAAGAAACCUCCGCCAUACAAACACGUAAAGGUGAACAGACCGAUAGGGAAGGUGCAAAUCAUCACAGCAGAUCUGUCUGAGAUCCCACGCUGCAACUGCAAAGUCUCAGACGAGAACCCGUGUGGCAUUGACUCGGAGUGCAUCAACCGCAUGCUAAUGUACGAGUGUCAUCCUCAAGUGUGUCCAGUAGAGGAACGCUGUCAGAACCAAUGCUUCACCAAACGCCAGUACACUGAGGUGGAGAUCUUCAGGACGCUGUUGCGUGGUUGGGGUUUACGCAGUGUGUCUGACAUCAAGAAGGGAGCUUUUGUGAAUGAGUAUGUUGGAGAGGUCAUUGACGAAGAGGAGUGUCGAGCCAGGAUCAAACACGCACAGGAAAACAACAUCUGUAACUUCUACAUGCUCACACUGGAUAAGGAUCGGAUAAUAGAUGCAGGGCCGAAGGGAAACCAGUCGCGUUUUAUGAACCACAGCUGCCAGCCGAACUGUGAGACACAGAAGUGGACGGUGAAUGGAGACACCAGAGUCGGGCUUUUUGCAUUAGAGGACAUUCCUACAGGUGUUGAACUCACUUUUAACUAUAACUUGGAGUGUCUUGGUAAUGGGAAGACGGUGUGUAAAUGUGGAGCGCCCAACUGCAGCGGAUUCCUUGGUGUCAGACCAAAGAAUCAGCCCUCAUCUGAAGACAAGGUGCGGAAACUGAAGAAGAAGGUUGCGGUGAAGCGUAAGAGCCAGUUAGAGGUCACCAAGGAGCGGGAGGAUGAAUGUUUCUACUGUGGUGAUGGAGGGCCGAUUGUGUCUUGUAAGAAGCUCGGCUGCCCCAAGGUCUAUCAUGCCGACUGUCUGAAUCUGUCCAAGAGACCUGCAGGCCGCUGGGAGUGUCCGUGGCAUCAGUGUAAUGAGUGCGGAAGGGAGGCAGCAUCCUACUGCGAGAUGUGUCCCAACUCCUACUGCAAACAGCACCGCGAGGGAAUGCUGUUCAUAUCCAAACUGGACGGCAAGCUGUCCUGCAGCGAACACGACCCGUGCGGCCCCGAUCCUCUGGAACCGGGUGAAAUUCGAGAGUACGUGCCUGGUACACCUAUCCUACCCCCUCUGCCCAAUAUGUCAGUGUCAGGCAGAAUACCUCUGCCUGCCCUACCGCCUGCUGCUCCGCUCUUCAUUCCCGCCCCCAACAGACCCGUGUUCCAAGCCCAAAGACACCCGUAUGCAGACGAGGUGGUGGACAACGUGGUUUUGCCACCCUCUUCUCUUUCUAAGGACAUCAAGGAGGAAGAUAUGAGUGAUGAAGGUGAGGUGGUGGAAGGGGUGAUCGGGGAUGAAGGAGAAGAAGAAGGCCUUGAGGUUGUGGAUGAUGAUGAAGAAAUGGACUACGGAGGGAUCGGAUUCGAGGAUGAGGAAGAAGAAAAGGUGGAACGUGGCGAGGACUGGGGAGAUGAAUUUGUGGAUGAUGACUUCGAAGACACUGAGGAUUUAGGGGAAGUGGAGGAGGAAGACCAGGAAUCAUCAUAUGAUGAGUUUGUCGAAGGAGAAAAGUGAGCUCUCCUGCAUUUUUGCUUGACUUCUAUCUCUCGCACAAAAACUCUCGCUCUGAUGGGCACAGCCAGGUGACCUGUUGGGAAAGUCAACUGCCAUUUUUACGGUCGGUGCUCAGCUGAAUGCAAAACAAUUUUUGAGAAUGAUGGACAUGUGCAACAUUCUUAAGUUGAUGACGGUAUCAGCUUGCCUUCUCAACCCAAGUCCUCUUUGAAAAGUCCAUAAAGAGGGUUGGACCUGGUGCUGUGGGACUGAUUUUUUUUUUCAGUCCUUUUGUUGGUAUAUAAUUAGUGUCUGGUGCUCUUUUGUGCUUUUUUUAAUUUUCCUCCUCAACGUGUUUACAUUCUCUGAUCUAAACCGAAAGAUGACCUCACGGAGAGUUAAAAUGGGGCACCACAAACCAUACAGUUGUCUUACUUACGAACUCUGCAUAGAUUUUGAUUACACUUCAUUGACAGAGGAAAGAGAACUCAACAAAGCAGCAGAUAACUAAUGUUCAGUCCCUUCACCGGGUGAUUGCAAUGACAUAGCCACAUCAUUAGGCCAAAAAUAGCUUAAAGCUCCACGGGUCACGGUACUUGAAAUGAUUUCUUCAGGUCUGUCUGUUAGUAUCACAGAGUGGUUACAUGAAAAUGAAUAAAAGGAGUCCUAGUACAUAUUUUUCAGCUGAUUUGUGAAUAAAAAAAAAAAAAGAGUGCUACUAUCAAAAAGGACAAGGAAGUAUGACAUUCCCAGCAUCAUCCUGCUUGAUUUCAAACAUGCACUUUUUUGUUGCAUUUGUGUUUCUGUCAUUUUACUUCACUUCUAUGUCAAGACUAAAGAAACUUAGUAGUUUUAAGGUUUUGUAAAGUCUAGAGCAGUGAUUGUAUCACCUUUUAUUCUCCAUGCUUGUGGCCUUUGAGUCUUGAGAGCUUUUAGGAAAGAUGAGUUUGUACUUCUUAGAUAAGAUGGAUGUUGCAUAAGGCCUUUUUGUACUUUCCCUAGAUAAUUAAAUUCAACCACCAUCUCAGAAUACAAUUAAAAAAUCUCAAUGCCUCAUUGCAGUAACCAUUCAGAAUAUCAGAGAAAUUCCCCCCACCCCACGUUGUGUUACAAAUCUGCGGGUUAUGUUUUCUAUGCGUCUAUGAGCAGGUUAACUUUAAAAGGUGCCUCUGAAUGUUUUGCACUCUUUCAGAGAUCAGGAGAAAUUUCAAAGCGUCAUUUAUAUUCAUGAUGCCCAUAACUUUUUGCCAUUGAUCGAUUCCACGCUGUUCAUUCAACAUACUCUGUAGAUCUGCCUGAUGAAACUUAUGGCAGUUCAUUGUGGCUGCAUUGACUCAAGUGAUCAUGUUUGCAUUUAAUAUUUAAGGGAUGCAGAUGACC